AUGGCUAGCAUACCUAGUUCAGUUGUGGCUGCUGCUUCUUCCAAGCCAUGUCGUUUCAUCUGUCAAUGUCACUAUUUAAAGAAGAAGGUCAUCAAAUUUCUGAUUGUGCCAAGAAAAAAGGCUAAAGAUGUAAGAGAUGCUCAGAAAGCUAAGGCACAUACCUCCAUCCCUAAUAUAGUCGUUGCAUCUACUAAUUCAUUAGCUUCAAAGUCUUCAUCUAUACUUUGUCAUCUCUCACAGCAGCUAAUCGUGAGGCAAUUGUCCAUCAGAAUGGUCAUGCAACUCUCAACCUCUCUUUCUCCACGGAAAGGUGUUGAAAGCUCAUUCAGAUACCACUCAUCACAUGCUCUUCCUAAGUCUGAGGAAUUGCCUGAUCUUGUCAUCACCUUCGAGUCCUCAUCCACUUCAAAAAUUCUUUGCUCCAAUAUAUUUGACCCCCUUUGGCAAAAAGCUACGUUCGAUGAACUUGAGGCCCUCUUCAAAACUCGUACAUGGGACUCAGCUAAUUUGCCUCAAGUUGAAGCUAUUCGACCUUGGAGCCUAUUUCAAAUGGAUGUGAAGAAUGCAUUUAUUAAUGGUGAUCUAGAUAAAGAAGUAUAUCCCAAACCUCCUCCAGGAUUUGAGCACCUGUCUCAAAAGUUUUGUUGCCUUCGAAAGGUAUACAAGCACUUCAGCAGUUUCUUAGUCAAAAGUUUGAGAUGA